AUGCCGCGGAUCCUCAGUGACGCCGUGUGUGAACAUUUCUUUGCCGGGGCGCACCAUCAAAAGUGCCUCACGUCCUUUGAAGAGAAUGCUGGGGCCCCUGCGCAAGCGGUCGGGCAAGCUCCAUCGCCGGCCCCUGCGCCAGAUGCUCGAGCAGCAGCAGAGGCGAAGCCUGGUUCUCACACACCGCCGGAGCCGCCACCUCCGGAAGUCAACGAGGACAUCCUGGCAGGGCCGGAAGCUGUCAGCUCGCAGGCUGCCAUUGACACCAUUCCAGGUGGUCCCGGGAGGCCAGCCGGAGUGAAUAUGGGAGCAGAUCACUAUGGGUCGCUCAACACAAUCCUGUUGACACUCUCCGCCAUUCUUGUUGGCUUGGGGCUGGGGUACGAUCACUGCAUGGAUGCUUGGGACAAGUACAGCGGUGGCCAAGACAAGCCAGCGUCCUCGCGGGGAAGCGCCAGAUCCCAGGGACGGCAAAUUGGGCGCGACGGGUCUGGAGAAGAUGGAACAUCUGGCUCCCGAGCCUCUGGAUAG